AUAGUUAUGCAAAAGCAACCCGCCCUUCUUCCGUGGAACGAGGGCAGACAAACCAAGUCUCCAUGAAUAUCAACACAUUAUAAUCCUAUUUAAAUAGCACACGCUGUGUCCAAUGAGAGGUGCAUAUGCUAAUCUACAGAACAGUGGGUAAAGGGGGGCGGGCUGUGAGCUUUUUCCUUUUUUUAUCUGGUGUGUGUGUAGUGUGUGUGUGUGUGUGUGUGUGUGUGUGUGUGUGUGUGUGUGUGUGUGUGUGUGUGUGUGUGUGUAUACGUGAAUGUGUGUGCGUAUAACUGUGUGUAUGUGCGUGUGUGUUUUCUAACCAGCUGAAAAUGGCGGCUCGAAGCGUCGAAUCGUCCUAACUUUAUCGCACAAUAAUAAACAUAACAAUACACACAGCUGUUCUCACACAACAUGGGGAGAAAGUUGACCGAGCAGCCUCAGACGCUCUAGCCGGAAGACAUUAUUCUGAGCGGAUAGAAGGAGUUGAAACACAGAGAGACCAUGGAGGACUCUCACACACGGUACAGCAAACGCCUGCGUACAGGCACACGGCGGCGCUACCAGGACGAUGGAAUCUCAGAUGAUGAAAUCGAAGGGAAACGCAUGUUCGAUCUGGAUGAAAAAUUGCAGUGCCACAGAUUUAACUCUGACUUGAUCAAACACAUGGAGGGUAAAGAUUUCACAUUUGAAUACAUCCAGAGAGAAGGGCUCAGGGACCCCAUUAUCUUUGAGAAAUCUGAUGGCCUUGGCAUACAAAUGCCAGACUCUGAUUUCAGUGUGAGUGAUGUCAAGCUGUUUGUUGGUAGUCGACGCAUUGUGGAUGUGAUGGACGUGAACACCCAGAAGGGAAUUGAGAUGUCGAUGGCUCAGUGGCGACGCUACUAUGAGACCCCACCGUCAGAAAGAGAAAAACUCUACAAUGUUAUCAGCCUUGAGUUCAGCCACACCAGGCUGGAGAACCUGGUCAAACGACCGGCCUCGGUGGACCUUAUUGACUGGGUGGACAACAUGUGGCCUCGCCAUCUCAAAGAAAGACAGAGAGACUCCACUAAUGCCAUCAUAGACAUGCAUUACCCCAAAGUACAAAAGUACUGUCUCAUGAGCGUGCAGGGCUGCUUCACAGAUUUCCACAUUGACUUCGGGGGCACCUCAGUCUGGUACCACAUCCUGCGAGGAGGAAAGGUGUUCUGGUUGAUUCCACCCACGCCACAGAACCUGGAGAUGUAUGAGAACUGGGUUUUAUCUGGAAAACAGGGAGACAUCUUUUUGGGAGACAAGUGUCAUGACUGUCAGAGGAUAGAGCUGAAGCAGGGAAACACCUUCAUAAUCCCAUCAGGGUGGAUCCAUGCUGUGUACACCCCUGAGGACACUUUGGUGUUUGGGGGUAAUUUCCUCCACAGCUUUAACAUCCCCAUGCAGCUCAACAUCUACAGCAUUGAGGAUCGUACACGGGUGCCAGCAAAGUUUCGCUACCCGUUCUACUAUGAGAUGUGUUGGUACGUCCUAGAGAGAUACCUCUACUGUCUCACCAACGUAUCCCAUCUCACUCCUGAGUUCAAAAAGUACUCCCUAGGCAUAGGGCUGACCCAGGCCGACAUUGAAACCAUGGAUCAAACCGGAAAUGGUACCUCAAAUGGGGUUGGCGGUGACGGUGAAAACGGAGAGGUGCAGUUGAAAGAGGAAGAUGUCUGUGAAGAAAAGGCGGCUCAGGUUCCCGAAUCUCAGCAUGUGCUCACUCCAUUUGAGCUUGAGGGCCUAAGUAACCUUUUAGGAAAGCUGGAGGAGCUGCCUGCCCACAAAAAGUGCGUCCCUGCAGGCAUCAGGAACGCUGCUGCUCUGCUCGAAGACGUCAGGGCUGUUCUGAGGAAUCAUGGGGAUGAUAACUCUAAGCUGUCCUACACUGGAGAGCCCAUCGUCAAGUGGCCAGAAAGGCCGUCAUGGUACCAGCCCCCCACUCCGCCUCCUCCUGUAAUUUACCGUCCCCGUUUGGGCCCCACCCUCCACAAACCUUUGGGACAGAGGCCCAACAAACGCUCCUCAAUCUCUGCCCUGAGGCGACGACGAGUGAGAUGCAAGCGCUGUGCUGCCUGCCGCAGGAAGGAGUGUGGAACCUGUCAGUACUGCCACGACAUGAGGAAGUUUGGUGGUCCUGGACGCAUGAAGAAGGGCUGCGUCAUGAGACAGUGUUUGGCACCUGCCUUGCCAAACACAGCGCGCUGUGCCAUAUGUGGAGAGGGAGAAUCAGAGGAUUCGGAUCCGAGCACCCACUCACUCAUGGAGUGCUCUGUCUGUUCGCAGAUCACACAUCGGCAGUGUCUUAAGGAACCUGGUGAGGGGAAGAUCAAUAAGGAUUUGCCCAGCUGCUGGGAGUGUCCUAAAUGUUACCAAGGCAAAGAGUCUGAAUCAGAGUCUUCCAGUGAUGAGGAAAGUGGAGAGUCGGAGGGCUUCAGCUCCUUGCCGCCAUCCAAACUUGCAUACCGGGAGGGUAUUGGUGUAGGAGAAGGGGUGAGACGAGGGAGACGUAGACCUACCUCCCGACCAACAGCACCACCGCCUUCUCAGAAACUGCUCUUGCAGCAUCAACAGAACCGCAAGAGAGCAAGUGCACUUGAGCUCCGACUCAAGAAAAGGAUAAAACUGGAGCGAAGCAAACUCUUGACAAGACAGGCAGCUCUAGAUCGUUCUCCCAGACUGCUGGGUUCCAGGCUGCUGUCCCGGCUACGUUCUCCAACCAGCAGACUUUCUCAGGGCAGAGGUCGGGGCACCACUUGGGCGAGUAGCUCUUCUUACCACAGCUCUUCAGGAGGGACCGGGUCCAUCCAGCAGCAGCAGCAGCCGUCCUCCCUCAGUCUGGCUCUUGAGCCCAAAGGAGAGCCUCGCAGAGGGAGGGGUAGAGGGGUGAGACUGCGGGGGGGAGGUGCAGGACGAGGGAUGAGAAGUGGGAGAAGCCAUGAAGAGAUGCAGGAAGAGAGCGAGGACAGCAGCAGCAGCAGCUCCAACAGCAGCAGCAGCAGCGGCGAUGAUGACGAGGAAGAGGAGAGAGGACAGAAAAGUGUGAAGGGUUUGGAUAAAGAGAACCAGCCACAGUCAAGGCGAGGAGGACGGGCAGCCAAAGAAAGAGGGGGAGAAGGGAGCGAGGCGGCUAACCAAAAUGGUGCUGAAGAGGAGGAGGAGGAGGAGAUGGAGCAGGACACUCAAACAGGGGGCAAAGAUGGGUCAAAUCUUAAAGUGACACUUCAGAAGCCAACCAGGGCCAAACGGGAUCCAUCAUCUAUUGUCCCCAAACUAGAGGCCAUCGCCCCUCAAACUGCUACUUCCACGAUACACAGCCAGACCAGACCCCUUGUCAGACCCCCCAUCAGAAAUCGCGGGCCCUGCCCUGAACAACACUCCAACAGGCACACACCCCCACACACUCGCAGUAGGCACACAGACACUAGUAGAUCUCACCUUGCGAGGCUGGACACCUCAAAAAGAGUCCAGCUGAGCAGGCCGGCUAAACUGAGCAAUGGAGCCUCCUGCUCUUCAUCCUCUGAGCUUCCUCAUCACCGCAUCCCUCUGUCGGCCUUGCAGGAAGGAGGGGGCGAGGCAGACAGGGAGGGUGGUGGGAGCGGCCCAGGCUGUGAGAGGGAGGUGUGGGUGUCUGUCUUCCGGUAUUUAAGUCGAGCGGACCUCUGUGUCUGCAUGGCGGUCUGCAAGAACUGGUACAAAUGGUGUUUAGACAAGCGGCUUUGGUCACGAAUUGACCUUAGCAUCAAACGCACCGUCACUCCUCAGGCCCUAACAGGCAUCAUAAAGAGACAGCCAGUCACACUCGAUCUUUCUUGGACCAACAUCUCGAGGAAGCAACUGAACUGGCUGGUUGGCCGUCUGCCUGGUCUGAAGGAUUUGAUGCUGGCAGGUUGUUCCUGGUCAUCUAUUUCAGCUCUCUGUUCCUCUGGUUGCCCUCUCCUCCGCUCUCUGGACCUGCGGUAUGCAGACGGGAUCAAAGACACUCAGAUCAGGGAUCUAGUAACCCCUCCAGGCUGUGACAAUCGUAGUCAGCUGCGGACCAUGCAGUGCUUACGACUGGCAGGCUUGGACAUUAGUGACUCCACUGUGCGCCUGGUGAUCCGCCACAUGCCCCAUUUAACAAAAUUGGACCUCUCCCACUGCAACAGCCUCACAGACCACUCCAUUAACCUGCUGACGGCAGUGGGCUCUUCCACGCGAAACACUCUCACAGAACUCAACCUGGGAGGCUGUAGUAAACUGACAGACACGUGUCUUAAGUAUCUCCGGCGUCUCUCUUGCAUCUCACUGCUCGACCUGCGAGGCUGCAAAGGGGUCUCACGCAAGGCCUGUGAAGCCUUCAUCUCGGAGCUGUCUGUCAACACCCUGUACUGCCUGUCGGAUGAAAAACUGAUUCAAAGGAUAUCCUAAAUGCCUGUCUUCUCCAACUGCUGAGGUGCAAAGGCAAGGAAGUCGAUGCUCUGUGACACAAAGGACGCAGACAGGCAGGAAAGUUCACAUGCUCCUGUAUCUCGUACAAGGAAGGGUGGGGUCUAGAUUGCAAUUGCUAACUCUCUUAGGUGUUGUUUGUGAAAGGGGUUGUCCCAGCUGGAACUAAGUUGUAUGCAUGUUUUCCUGUGUACCUAAGAAGAGACUCAGGACCUUCUGUUUCAUGUUCUUUUGGUAUUAUUGCUAUGUGGAGAUUUUUUUAAAUUCUGAUGUCGGGAGGUGUGAGAACAUGGGCAAGUAACUGUAUUCUUCACAUCCUUUGGAUGACAAAGAUGAUCAGCUCUCCUUUGGAUAGAUGCCACUUCGUUUCUGAACCACAGCCUUGACAAAGAGAGAGAUAAGAAAUGUUUCAUCCUUAAGGUAAAAACUGCAUUCUUCUGUUCAGCUGAGCCACAUAAAGUCUUAUUUAUUAUCAAAUGGUUAAUUUGAUUUCACCUAAAUUUGGCUCUGAGUAAAUGAUUAUUUGUCAGAUUUAAGAGAAGAAACGUUUUGUUGUUAGAUGCUUUGUGCUCAACAUCUAUCCUUGUUCUUUUAAAAGACGACUUAAAGUGAAAGGUUUUUCUCAUCUCCACUUAUAAAGUGAACGACUGUGGUGGCCUCUGUUGACCGGUUGUAUGUCAGUAUAAUAAGGUGUGUAGGUGCUUUAGUAGUCCAUUGGUAUACUUGAGAAGUAUACACAAACGCUGAAUGGAUGCUGUUGGUAGAAGAGAGAGUACAAGGCGAUGUGAGAAAGCAAUCAAUGUGGCAACAAGACCUCACCCCAGUAGAGGGCAGGUUGCAUUAAGUGUGGAGUAAGCCAAGGAUUAGGUGAAAUGGUGCAUCUUCAAACAACCGUUAGACUUCAGGUGCUAUUAUUUCCAAACUCUUCUUGCUUUGAUUUUUGUACAGAGAAUACACUUAGAGCAAACAUGUUAAUAUUCUAGAUGAGACUGCUCCCCUCCAUCUUUGAUACACCUUGGUUUCUUUUCACAGAUAAAAAAAAAUGUGAGUACUUUUCACUGAAUUUCAUGACCUGUCUGAUUCAAUGUAGAGAUGUAUUAUUUUGUUUGGGUGCAGGGGGGUUGCUCAUUUAUUUUUUUUCCCUUAAAGUGUAGUGGUUCUGUAUCAAGGUUAUCCACCCAGACAGGAUCUCCUGGCCAUACCCCUUCAGAUGAAUAUGAGUAUAUAAAUAUAUACUUUUUUGUAAA